AGCCUGGGACCGAACCCGGGUCUGUAGUGACACCUCAAGUACUGCGACGCAGAGCCCUAGACCGCUGCGCCACUCAGGAGGCCCUAUUUACAGUAUAUUGUAAUCGUUUAAAUUAUUGUGAUAUCAUAUGACUGUGAUAUCAUUUCAUCCAGCCCAACAUAUUGUUUUCAAAGUAAUUAAUUAAAAGCUACCCAAUCUUCGUAAGGCAUGCUCACCUCAUGCUGGGUUGGCACCGGGGGAUAUGAAAGAAGAACUGUAACGUUUGAUCAACUCUACAGGAGGUCCAAUUUGCUGCAGGUCGCGUCAUGCUGGACAGCAGAAUUCGUUCAUAUGUUAGCAAAUAUCAAAAUCACUUACAUGCCGCUCAGAGCAUGCCAUAGCUACCACGCUAACCACUUUGGGCCCUGACGUUGAAAAAAUGUACCUGUCCGUUGGAGAAAGAGACCAGUAGAGCCUACUAAGGGUUCAUUCCCAACCCAUCACUUGAUUCCACAUCAGUGGUUCCUAAACUUUUGUUUGCAUCAACAAAAAAUUGCCACAAGCCUAAAAAUCUUUCUUGAUACCCACCAAUCCCGACAAAUUCUCACCUAGCCUUCAGGUGCAACAAUGCCGAAGAAGCAGACUUUCUCACCCUGCACUCUUUAAACUUCUGGCUACAGUGUCCUGUCAAGACAGGCACAGAUCAUAGAUUUGUAAAUGAAGAGAAAGAUUUAACAGAAUAGACUGGAUGAGUGGACAGAUGUAGAAUCUUAAUUUGAGCCAGUUUGCUGUAACACGAAAAUAAUCCUGCAGCAACAGGAAAUGUGAAUUAUUAUGUGGAUUAUAAUGAUUGGAGAUUUUCUCCUAAAAUAGGGUGAUCUAAUUUAAAAUCCUACAUCUGUAGCAAGCUAUACUAUCUACAGUAUGUUGUAUGCAUCUGUGUGACCAGUGUUCCUGUUGUUCAGUGGAUAAGGCGAGGCAGUGAUAUCCCCCCAGAUAACCUGGAGGAGAGACUAAUCUAGUGGCUCCAGUAAUGCACUAGAGGUCAGGGGUCAUCUGCUCUGCCCUUAUUGCCAUAAAUCAGCCUGGCAGUAGUUCACUGAAAGGUCAAGCCUAAUAAGCUCACCCAUGACUCGACCAAUGGCUGCUACUCUGAAGAGUAUUAUGUGCUCCAGUGGUGAUGUCAUCUAAACUCUUCCGGUCCUCCACUGAUGAUUUCUGUUUCUAAACCUAUUGGGUCAUUUUGGUCUGGUGUUUGGUUUAUAUUUUGCCUUGUCUUUCCUGGUUUUGGUUUUGUGGAGGAUUGUAUUGGCUGGUUAGGGUUUGAAUUUGCUGUAUUUUUCAGCAGGUGGUUUUGUUUGGAUACUGGCUGGUUAUGGAAUAUAAUUCUACAGUGUCUUCUGGAAAACUGAACUGUAUCCUUUUGGCUUUCUGAGGAAUUUAUUCUUGGUUAAAGAUCCUGGCAGAGAGUAAAGUGGUCAAGCCCUCUGUUUCAAUGGAGUUUGAGAAUCUGCCUGUUAAAUGUAGUGUAACUUAAAGCAGGAUGAGGCCUAACCGGUAGUCGAUCACCACUUCCACGUUCAAACCUACUACUGGUUACGUUACAGCAGGAGAUCCUCAUUAAAUAUAACACCCUGCCUGAAUGAUGUGGGGGGCGGAGAACUGAGAAGAAGGGAAGGAGUGAGACAGAAUUAGGGAAAUAAGAACAUCUCAUCAGAUGCCGCACACACACGUCAUGUUUCCAUUAUUCCCGACCCGCUUAAUCCCAGAAUGUUAAAAAACAAAACAAAUGUAGGUCAUGUCUGCUCUCUCUCUGGGGAGUGGGCCAAAUGUCUUUAGCAGAUUAAGACAAGAUGAAGCAGAUGAUGAUGAUGAUCCAGAACGGACAGGGCCUUUUGUCAAAAUGAAUGUUGCUGCUUUAGUGGUGUUGUGUUUUAUAAUCUGUUGUUUGACAGGAUCAGGCUGCCAACCCUGAUUGAGCAAGUCUAAAGCCAUGUCUGUUGGUUGGUCGGUCAGGCUGUCUGUCUGUCUGGUGUCAAACCUCAGGCCCUUCCUGUCACUCUCUUUCCAUCUCAGUAGGAUCUGUGGUUCUGACUGUCUUAAUCACACACAUCUCUCUUUCUCUCUCUCUCUCUCUUGGUUACCCUUUAAAUUUAAAAUAAAUCAAUAUCCUAAUGGAUAAGGAAGUAUUGUCUCAUUUCUGGGCCCCGUCUUCCCCUCUGUCCUAGGCUCUCCGUUCUUCUUCUCAUCCCUCUCCAUCUAACUCUAUCUAGUGCAGAGCUAGUGUAAUGUGGACCGUCAGAGUGUGGAUCUGUGGUUCUAUUGAUCCAAUUAGUUCGUCAUUGCCCCCGACUCUUCUCUCCAGCGUGGCUCGCUGCUGCUCACUCUGCACGACCUCUCUCUCUCUCUCUCUCUCUCCCUCCUAACCCUGCUGCUCAGCUUGCACUGGAGGAACCUCAUAUAACAUCUCCAAAGUGUAGUUGAAGGAGGAAAUGAAAUAUUGACUGGAGUAGUCUCAUUAAAAUGAAUAGAGUAUGGUUUUACCCCACACUAGUGGCUGCCUCUGGGCAUCCUGGGACAUAUCAAUGAUUAAACACAGAAAAGUAUCUGAUAUCCCAGGCCGGUGGAGACAAGGGCUUCAUAUGCAGGGGGAGUCUGUCUGUACUGUGUGUGUGCGUGUGUGUGCGCGUGGGGUCAGAGUGCAACAUUUGAUAAACAAACAGAACCCUUGUUCAUAUCACACUUACUGUAUAAGUGCAACCUUGCACUUUUAAAACACCGUUUUUUCUUCUCAGUUCCCACCUUUCUCAAAGUUACACCAGUGAAGUAAAUCUGUGGGACUGUUGUACUGUACAGUGUAGUCCCCUUCUGUUGCACAGGGUCCCACGCUUUCUCUGGGAAGCAUUCAACCGUAUGAAUUGAUCGCAUGUGCCGUUAAAUAUAUGCAGAAAGCGAGGGGAAGAGAAAGAGAGAGAUAGGGGGACAGAGAGUGCGAGAGAGAACAGAGAGAGUGAAUACUCAGUGUAACACAGUAUUACCAUGAUUCAUUGUCCUCAUGAGGUACUUUCUCCAGCCUCACAUUCUUCCCCAAUCAUCCAUCGCGUCACCAGACCCCUGUGCCUCGCACAACAUGGAUUGAGUGGAUGUGCUCUGUACAUGAAUAGGAUAUAGGAUAGCAAUUGGAUAUGUUCAUGGCCCAUCAUGGCCUUUAUUCCCAUGGUAGUUUUCGUUAUAUUAUUGUGUCUGUCUGCGUUGAAUUAUAAAACGAUGCCAUUGUGUUAUUGUGCGGCGUACAUUAUGAAAAAUAUGUGGACAUGCAAACUAAAAUACCCAUGAAUUGCACUCUCUCAUAAACACAAAUGACGAGAUAAGAGAGGCGACGCAUCCACUAAGAUAACGAAUGAAUGAAAGGAUGUCAGAGAGAAUAGCCUUGCAAAUGCAUUAUUGGCUAAUACAGAAAUUGAAAGCGUGGUUUGUUAAAGAUCAGUGUACUGUGUGUGUUACACUUUACCUGUGUAUGCAGGAUGGGUUUGAUAUGGUACUGGUUUUGUUCACAGUGUCCUGGCCUCAAUGGAGCCUGUCUCUGAGGACUUCUCUCUUCUCUUCUCAUGCCUGUUCAGUGCAGUGGCAAAGUCAAUAGGGGCUUUUUAUCCAGUCAAUAUAGACUGGUGACAGGGCAGGGUUGCUGCACACACUGCAUGAGCUACUAUCUGGGUGAGUUUUACAGAGCCUAAUGGGACAACGCGGUCCGGGCUGGGGAGGAGGAGGAAGAGAAGAAAGAGUAGAGGGAUUUAUAUUCAGAAGAGUUAUUUCAGGGUGUCAUAUGAUGUUGUGGAUUUGAAACAUCUCCUCCCUGUAUUAGCAUGGACUGUGUGGACAUGGUGGACAGUACAAAGGGAAACACCAACACGGUAAUGGUGAUCUGAGGUGUAAUUUAGGAAAGCAUCUCUCCGGCGGGAAUAACUGCCAUGACUCAUUGCCCUUUCAGUUUAUCUAGAUUAUCCCAGGGAGACUGAGGGACUACCAUAGUCAGUCCAGCAUCGUAAUAGGAGGAACUGGACUAUAUGUACAGUGCCAUGAAAUGUCCCAGAGAAAAUCAGGUCAAGUCCUUUGUUUUGCCUGGGAGGGUAUGGAGGUGUCUGAUGAUCCAAAAGGACCUCCACCACCACAGCUCAGCUGCAACGCCAGCGCCAUCCCUAGCACCACUGCCCGCCCCAGCCUCAGUCCCAGCACCACUGCCAUACCCAGCCUCAAUCCAAUCCCCAGCACCAGCCUCAACACCACUGCCCGCCGCAGCCUCAGUCACAACACCACUGCCCGCUGCAGCCUCAGUCCCAGCACCACUGCCAGCCUCAGUCUCAGCACCACUGCCAGCCUCAGUCACAACACCAUUGCCAGCCUCAGUCACAACACCAUUGCCAGCCUCAGUCACAACACCACUGCCAGCCUCAGUCACAACACCACUGCCCGCUGCAGCCUCAGUCCCAGCACCACUGCCAGCCUCAGACCCAGCACCACUGCCAGCCUCAGUCCCAGCACCACUGCCAGCCUCAGUCCCAACACCACUGCUAGCCUCAGUCCCAGCACCACUGCCCGCCUCAGACCCAGCACCACUGCCAGCCUCAGUCCCAGCACCACUGCCAGCCUCAGUCCCAGCACCACUGCCAGCCUUUGUCCCAACACCACUGCCAGCCUCAGCCUCAGCACCACUGCCCGCCUCAGUCCCAGCACCACUGCCAGCCUCAGUCCCAACACCACUGCCAGCCUUAGCCUCAGCACCACUGCCCGCCUCAGUCCCAGCACCACUGCCAGCCUUUGUCCCAGCACCACUGCCAGCCUCAGUCCCAGCACCACUGCCAGCCUUUGUCCCAGCACCACUGCCAGCCUCAGUCCCAGCACCACUGCCCGCCCCAGCCUCAGUCCCAGCAGAGAAAGAGAGAGAUAGGGGGACAGAGAGUGCGAGAGAGAACAGAGAGAGUGAAUACUCAGUGUAACACAGUAUUACCAUGAUUCAUUGUCCUCAUGAGGUACUUUCUCCAGCCUCACAUUCUUCCCCAAUCAUCCAUCGCGU